AGCCCCCACCCUGUCCUUGAAAUGGUUCUGGCUGGGUAGCAGCCUCUAGGUGGUGUGAGCGAAAUUUGGGACUGGUUUAGGGCAGGGACAAAACUUAGAACACAGGAUUCCUUGUACUGCUGUAAAGAGGGAGGGAGGAGGAAAUUGGAGACCCCGUUCCCUGCUUAGUCACUCUCCUGCUCAUAGUCCAUGAUGACUUGGUCCAGGGUGUUCCUCGGUGUCAUCUUGCUGUCUGCUUUCCCAGGACCUACUGUUGGGGGCCGCCCCAUGCCCAAGCUGGCUGACUGGAAGCUGUGUGCUGAUGAGGAAUGCAGCCACCCCAUCUCCAUGGCUGUGGCUCUUCAGGACUACGUAGCCCCCGACUGCCGUUUCCUGACCAUACACAGGGGCCAAAUUGUGUAUGUCUUCUCUAAGCUGAAGGGCCGUGGUCGGCUCUUCUGGGGAGGCAGUGUUCAGGGAGAUUACUAUGGAGACCUGGCUGCUCGCCUGGGCUUUUUCCCCAGUAGCAUUGUACGGGAGAACCAGACCCUGAAACCUGGCAAAAUCGAUGUGAAGACAGAUAAAUGGGAUUUCUACUGCCAGUGAGCUCAGCCUACCGCGGUCCCAGCUGUUUAUUUCUUCCAGCUUUAUGCAAAUACAUCAGCCAAGUGCAAAC